GAGACUGAAGUCGUCCAAGUCAAUGCCCAAAUAAUAUAAUAUAAUAUAAAUAUAAGCACAUUAUUUUGCUUCCAUUUUCUUUCUUUUAUUUUCAGUCCCACUCACAGUCAGCUUCUUUCUUGCUUCAGAACUAAAAUUAUCUGCCUGGGUUUCUGAUUAAAUGAAUGGAAGAGUAGGAUAUAGAUUCCAUCCAACUGAUGAGGAACUCGUCAGCUAUUUUCUAAGGCACAAGAUUGAUGGGCAUGAUUUUCUUGUUGAUGAUGAUAUUCAUGUCAUUGAUCUCUGCAAGUUCGACCCCUGGGAUUUGCCUGGGUUUGCAUCUCAGGGUUCAAAUGAUCAAGUGUGGUAUUUCUUUUAUAGAAGGGAGCUCAAGUAUAAAAGCCCGAGCAAACCUCGUUACAACAGAACAACAGCGACUGGAACUGGACACUGGAAACCCACCGGCGCCGAGCGUUUAGUCAAGGCCAAACGUACCAAGAGGGUAAUUGGUGUAAAGAGGACUUUGGUUUUCUAUUUGCGUGGCACUCCUAAAGAGGUCAAGACUAAUUGGGUUAUCCAUGAAUAUGAGCCUAAAACUAGCCCCCCUCACCAGGCGGAUUUGGUUCUCUGUAAGUUAAAGGAAAAAGCAGAUAACAAGGCUGAUACAUCAGGAUGUGACGAAGGAGAAUCGAGUCACAAUGGGCCUUCUGAUAUUGAGAGUCCUCAAAUAGAGAUUCCAGUCUCAGAGGUCGACCAAGAGCUACUUCUGGAAUCUAUACUUGCUGGUAAUGGGGUAAAUCCCAAUCAUCCCUCUGCUGAGCAGCCACGAUUCCACAUAGAGGAAGGUAUCUCUAUCGAGGAUCUAAUGUCGACUGACGUAUUCGAUAAUGGGUCUGAUGACAUGACAUUUCAAUUUCACACCAAUGAGCCUGAAGAGGAUCCCUUUGAGAUGGCAGAUUCAUUUCUAGAUUUACCAGAUGAAUUUAGCGGUGAAGGGUACCUGUGUUCAAAUUCUGCAGACCACAAUGUUUAUAGUCAUGAAUCUGCACGCACUCACCACAAUCAUUCUGGCUCACCGCAGUCAUUAAGUGGAGUGUAUCUUGAUGAUUUUAGUGACAUGGAGGCUGAAAUUGUCUAUGGAAAGUCUUCGCAAUUUGGAGCUUCAAACUUGAACAACCAUGCAAGAGAAUACCGACAGACUCGAAGGAUUCAAGCACUUACUGAAACUUUUCCUCCUUCGAGAUAUGAGAAUAGCAGAACAUCAAAGCACCAUGUUCAUCAUGGUGAUAUCCUACUAAUGGAGGCUUCAUCAGCAGAUUCGGCUAGCACUGAAGAGAUCAAGUGUGUUGGAGUAGUCGGCAAAAACUAUCCUGUUAAUGUGAAACAAGGUUCUUCAACAUCAACCGACAUCUCAGUAAAGAAGGAAGUAGUCACUCCAAGAAGAAGUCACAUUCAGAGAAAAAUUCCGGCAAAGUCCGAACAGAAGGCCAAAGAAGCUAGAAAUCAGGUUACUGCAAUUAAUCUGCCACGGGAGUCCCCUAAAGAAAGCAUCAUCAUGAAGACCGAAAAAGAUCAGAAAAUGGGUAGUACAAAACCAAAUUUGAACGUAAAAACAAAUGAAAUGCCUGGUAAUGAAAAGACGGGAUCUUUCAUUCGCCUGGAGACAUCUCUAUUAAGCCAAAGACCGAUCCCACUAUCGGUUUAUAUUGUUAAUGUAUUUGUUGGUCUGCUUUUGUUUUAUCUUAUUUUGUCCUUUGAACACGCCUGCUUGUAAGUAAGGAAUUGCUGAUACUUCACCAAGUGAUAGUAUGGUUUAUAGAUGUAUUACACAGACAA